AUGUCGUCCCUGACGACCUCCAGUGAGGGACACGGCCCCGUGCCCAGGUUCGUGGUCGGUUCCCGGGAUGAUGAGACAGACUUUCUGGGAUCAAACAUGAAGAUGGACGAAACCGAUUUCUUUGAAGACGACGAAGAGGAGGAGUCGCCACCCGAGCGGCAGAUUGUGGUGGGGAUCUGUGCCAUGACCAAAAAGUCCAAGUCCAAGCCCAUGACGCAGAUUCUGGAGCGCCUGUGCAAGUUCGAGUACAUCACAGUGGUGAUCAUGGGGGAGGACGUUAUUCUGAACGAGCCGGUGGAGAACUGGCCCUCCUGCGACUGCCUGAUCUCGUUCCACUCCAAAGGAUUCCCCCUGGAUAAAGCGGUAGCUUAUGCCAAGCUGUGCAAGCCAUUUCUGAUUAAUGACCUCGAUAUGCAGUAUUACAUCCAGGACAGGCGUGAAGUGUACCGGAUCCUUCAAGAAGAGGGAAUAGACUUGCCCCGCUACGCCGUGCUCAACCGAGACCCCGACAGACCAGAAGAGUGCAACUUGGUGGAGGGAGAGGACCACGUGGAGGUGAACGGGGCUGUUUUCCCCAAGCCGUUUGUAGAGAAGCCAGUCAGCGCUGAAGACCACAACGUGUACAUUUACUACCCGACGUCAGCAGGUGGGGGCAGCCAGCGGCUCUUUCGGAAGAUCGGCAGCCGGAGCAGCGUGUACUCCCCGGAGAGCAGUGUAAGGAAGACGGGCUCCUACAUUUAUGAGGAGUUCAUGCCCACAGAUGGCACCGAUGUGAAGGUGUACACUGUCGGGCCCGACUAUGCCCAUGCAGAGGCGCGCAAAUCCCCUGCUCUGGACGGGAAGGUUGAACGGGACAGCGAAGGGAAGGAGAUCCGUUACCCGGUCAUGCUGACCGCCAUGGAGAAACUCGUUGCCCGGAAAGUCUGUGUAGCCUUUAAGCAAACGGUCUGUGGGUUCGACCUCCUGCGGGCAAAUGGCCACUCGUUUGUUUGUGAUGUGAACGGCUUCAGUUUUGUGAAGAACUCCAUGAAGUAUUACGAUGACUGUGCCAAAAUCCUCGGAAAUAUAAUCAUGCGGGAAUUGGCUCCGCAGUUUCAUAUUCCCUGGUCCAUCCCCACAGAGGCAGAAGACAUUCCCAUCGUCCCCACAACGUCGGGCACCAUGAUGGAGCUGCGCUGUGUCAUUGCAGUCAUCCGCCACGGAGAUCGCACCCCAAAGCAGAAGAUGAAGAUGGAGGUUAAGCAUCCCCGGUUCUUUGAGUUGUUUGAGAAAUACGACGGCUACAAGACCGGGAAGCUGAAGCUGAAGAAACCAGAGCAGCUCCAGGAGGUGCUGGACAUAGCACGGCAGCUCGUGGUGGACCUGGGCACCCAGAGCGACUGUGAGAUCGAGGAGAGGUACGGACAUUUCUCUGGCAUUAACCGUAAGGUUCAGUUGACCUAUCUGCCUCAUGGACAUCCCAAAGCUGCAAGUGAAGAUGAAGACGCUCGCCGAGAGCCCUCCCCGUCCCUGCUCCUGGUGCUGAAGUGGGGUGGAGAGCUGACACCCACAGGAAGAGUCCAGGCCGAGGAGCUGGGGCGAGCCUUUCGCUGCAUGUACCCGGGUGGCCAAGGUGAUUACGCUGGUUUCCCUGGAUGUGGCUUGCUCAGGCUGCACAGCACCUACCGCCACGAUCUCAAGAUCUACGCCUCGGAUGAGGGCCGCGUUCAGAUGACAGCAGCAGCUUUCGCAAAGGGUCUGCUGGCCCUGGAAGGAGAGCUGACCCCCAUCCUGGUGCAGAUGGUGAAAAGUGCCAACAUGAACGGCCUCCUGGACAGCGACAGCGACUCCCUCAGCAGCUGCCAGCACCGCGUGAAGGCGCGGCUGCACGAAAUCAUGCAGAAGGACGCCGAGUUCUGUGAGGAGGAUUAUGAGAAGCUAGCACCGACAGGCAGCGCUUCUCUGCUCAACUCCAUGACCUUCAUCCAGAACCCGGUAGAGGUCUGCAACCAGGUGUUCACCCUGAUCGAGAACCUCACCUCCCAGAUACAAAAACGGCUGGAAGACCCAAAAUCUGCAGACCUGCAGCUGUACCACAGCGAGACCUUGGAGCUGAUGCUGCAGCGCUGGAGUAAACUGGAGCGAGAUUUCCGCAUGAAGAACGGGCGCUACGACAUCAGCAAGAUCCCGGACAUCUACGACUGCAUCAAGUAUGAUGUACAGCACAACUGCGCGCUGAAACUGGAGGGCACGGCUGAGCUCUUCAAGCUCUCCAAAGCCCUGGCAGAUGUGAUCAUACCCCAGGAGUAUGGGAUUAAUAAGGAGGAGAAACUGGAGAUUGCCAUCGGCUUUUGUCUUCCCCUCAUUAAAAAGAUCCAGCUGGACCUACAGAGAACCCACGAGGAUGAGUCUGUCAACAAACUGCAUCCCUUGUACUCCAGAGGAGUCCUGUCUCCGGGUCGCCACGUUCGGACAAGGCUCUACUUCACCAGUGAGAGCCACGUGCACUCUCUGCUCAGCAUCUUCCGCUAUGGGGGGCUCCUGGAUGAAAACAAAGACCAGCAGUGGAAGAGAGCCAUGGACUAUUUGAGCGCUAUCUCAGAGCUGAACUACAUGACCCAGAUUGUAAUCAUGCUCUACGAGGACAACAACAAGGACCCAUCGUCAGAAGAGCGUUUCCACGUGGAGCUGCACUUCAGCCCGGGCGUGAAGGGCUGUGAGGAGGACAGAAACGUGCCCACGGGGUUUGGCUUUCGGCCUGCCUCAGCGGAGAACGAGGACAAGAAAGCCGACCAGGGCAGCCUGGAGGACCUCUCCAAAGAGAAGGGCAUCGAUGAGCCGGAUCGCGCCCAGCAAAGGUCUCCACAGCCUUUGGAGCCCAUCAGCAUCCAGCGAAGGUCCCCGCUGAUCAGGAACAGGAAGACGGGGUCCAUGGAGGUGCUCUCUGAAUCCUCUUCCAAGUCAGGAGGUUAUCGCCUCUUCAGCACUUAUUCCAGGCAGUCUUCUGAGAUGAAGCAAAGUGGCCUAGGGUCGCAAUGCACCGGCCUGUUUAGCACCACUGUGCUGGGAGGCUCCUCCAGUGCCCCCAACCUCCAGGACUACGCACGCAGCCAUGGCAAAAAGUUUGCCAGCAGCCUGACAUACAAAGACGAUGCCAUUGAGCACCACCACGUUGCCCAGUUGCUGCGCCGCUUUUCCUCUGACUAUGCAACGAGCCGGAACAUCUCCCUGGAUGCCGCUCUAGCGCACCACCUCCAGCAGUGCUCCUACCACCUGCGUCUCUUCAGGAGCUGGCUGAUCUCAGGGCAGCAGGACUUGGAGUGUCUUUACGGGUUCGAAGGCUGCUCCAUGGUUCCCACCAUUUACCCCCUGGAGACGCUGCACAACUCCCUGUCCCUGCGGCAGAUGAACGAGUUCCUGACGGCCGUGUGCCGCAGCUGCGACUCGCACGCCCAGUCCACCGCAGCUCUGUUUGACUCGAUGAUCGGCAGCCAGAUGCCGGGAGACCCCUUCAUGACCCAGCGGAUCCUGUCGUCGUCCUCUCUGCCGCUGCGCCAGCGCUCGGACAAGCCCCCGUGGUGUGAGUGUGUCCCUGUGGUGGGCGAGGGAGGAAGAGGAGGCCCCCAGAAAGGCGGGGAGCUGGCGGAGCAGUCCCCGGAGCAAGGAGAGGGGCAGCCUCUGGGCCGAGGGCCUGGCCUGGAGCUGGGGAUGUCCAUGCUGUCGGUGACGGAGCCGAGCGCUCCGGAUGAGGACCCAGAGCCAGGGGUCCUGGAGCUGGCGGAGGAGGAGGACCCUGACCUGGAGGAGAGAAGCGUGGCAGAGCCAGAGGGAGAGGAGCUGGCCGAGGCCAUUUCCCACCCCGGCCACAAAAAAACGGGUCCAGAGCGGCCACGGCAGCAAGAGCAGGAGAAGCAGAAAGCGUCAGA